AUGGAGGUAAAGGAUAUUCACCGCUUUGAAAAGUUGAAUCCAGGUAUUGCCGUCAACGUUUUCAGUUAUGAAGGUGACUUCCAACCCUUGAGAGUGAGCAAUGUCGAGAGCAACAAGCCUCGUAUCCGUCUUCUUCUCAUCUCUGAUGGUGAGAAAAAGCAUUACUGUCUCAUUAAAUCUAUGAGUCGACUCAUAUCGAGUCAAUUGUCGAAAAAUGAACAUAAAAAGUUCAUCUGUGAUAGAUGUCUCAAUUAUUUUGGUACACAAAAGCUUCUCGAUAUACACGACGAGUUGUGUCGAGAUCAUGAGGCUGUGAGAGAAAAGAUGCCAAAAGAGGGGACUUAUCUCCCUUUUAAGAAUCAUCAAAAGCAGAUGACCAUGCCAUUUACCAUCUAUGCAGACUUUGAGUCGAUAAUCAAACCUUUAGACACCGUUCAAGCAGAUCCAGCAGGGUGUUACACUGAGAGAAAGCAACAACAUAUUCCAAUAAGUUUUUGUUAUUAUGUUAAGUGUUCAUUUGAUGAUAGAUACUCAAAACGGGUUGAGUAUACAGCAAAGUCUGAAGAUGAAGAUGUUGCACAGACAUUCGUUGAAAUGCUUGAAGCGGAGGUUAAGAGCAUAUACAAAAACCAUCCCAAAAAGGAGAUGAUUUUAACAGACAGUGAUGUUGAAAAGUUUGAAAAUGCGAUGUGUUGUUGGUUAUGUAGAGAAGAUUUCAAAGAGGGGGGGGACAAAGUGCGCGAUCACUGUCAUUACACCGGUAAAUUUCGAGGGGCUGCGCAUAACAGCUGCAACCUAAAAUUCCGACGACCAAAAUUCACACCUGUCGUGCUGCACAACUUGGCAAACUAUGACGCUCAUCUUUUUGUUAGAAAUCUUGGUGUUUCAGAAGGAGACAUUGACUGCAUACCAAACAACGAAGAAAAAUACAUUAGCUUUACAAAACACGUUGUGGUUGACAAGUUUUUCAACAAAGAAAAAGAAAAAGACGUUGAGGUAAAGAGAGAGCUGAGAUUCAUUGACAGCUUCAAAUUUAUGGCUUCCAGUCUUGACAAGCUCGUUAACAACCUUGCUGAAAAGGGUGAGUCUUUCUUCCAAAAUACAAGAAAAUAUUAUUCUGGAGAGAAGCUUAAACUAUUGAUGCGAAAGGGUGUUUAUCCCUAUGAAUGGAUGAACUCCAUACACAAGCUUGAUAAACCACAACUUCCACCAAAAGAAGCUUUCUUCUCCGUGUUAAGUGGUAGCGAUAUCUUGGAUGAAGACUAUAUCCAUGCACAGAGGGUGUGGAGAGUUUUUGGUUGUAAGACAUUCAGAGAUUACCACAAUCUAUACAAUCGAAGCGAUGUUCUUUUACUAGCCGAUGUGUUUGAAAACUUUCGCGAACUUUGCAAAGAGAACUACGAUCUCGAUCCUUGUUGGUACUUCACCGCGCCGGGUUUGGCUUGGGAUGCUUGUCUCAAGUUGACUGAGAUAGAACUUGAGUUGUUGAGCGAUGUGAAUAUGUUGCACAUGUUUGAGGCUGGUAUUCGCGGUGGGAUUUCAAUGAUUCCAACAAGGCAUUCAAAAGCCAACAACAAAUACAUGGGUAAAAAGUUUGACCCCUCUGAACCUUCAAAGUUCAUCACAUAUCUCGAUGCAAACAACCUUUACGGUUGGGCGAUGAGUAAGNCUUGUCGCUUAUAA